UCUUUUCUUUUCCUUUCUUUUCCUUUUUUCUUUUGUGUGUGUGUGUAUAAAUAUAUAUUUAUAAAUUGUUGAAUUAAUGGAGGUGUUUACCAUUAAUGAUGAUCGACAAUCUCGAUUGAAGUAUGAUUCAAAUAGAUCAACAAGAGAUUCACAUUCAAAACUUCAAUCGACUCCUGAAAUGAUGGAGAAACCUUGGUCAACCUUGUAUAGCAGUAGUAACUCUAAAUCUAACAUAUCAUCAAAUACAAAUGGCAAUAUGGAUAUGCCUUCUAAAUAUGACUGGCAGAUAGAAUCUUUUAUGCUCUGUCAUCAUAUCUUAACCCGAGGUCUUUUCGAUGGUGUUGGAAGUGACAUCGAAGUUUUGGUUCCAGCUUGGAAUAAGAGAUAUCAUCUACAUCGUCUUAUACUAGACCAAAAUCCUUAUUUUAGCUUACUCUUGCAAGGUAACUUUCAAGAAUCAGGUUCCAAUAGAAUAACGUUACAUUUUGAUGAUUAUCAUAACGAUAGUAAUGACUGUUUCAUUACUAUGGAAUCGUUUCAGUUUAUAUUAGAAUACCUUUAUGGUAAUAAAAUUCUUGUUUUUGAUAACCAGAAACCAUUAAAUCCAAUUUAUACAAUGGUUGUCACUGAUUCAAACGUAAAGCAGAUUUUAGCAACAAGCUCUUAUUUUCAAGUAGACGUCUGUAGCCUUAUUUGUGUGGAAUAUAUUUUAAAAAACUUAAAUUUUAAUAAUGUCGUGGAUUAUUUAUUGUUUGUAACAAAGUGGAUGGUGCAAGGAAGUGAUCAUAUCUUGGAUGCUAUUUAUACAUUUUUAUGUAGAGAAGCAUAUUAUAUGGAUCCUACCUAUCUUGUCAAUUUACCUGUAAAUUGGCUACAAAAAAUCAUUGAAAGUGAUGCCUUUUGGGUGCCAAAUGAAUUUGAAAGAUAUCAGUUUCUAAAGAAAAUAAUCCAUGCAAGAUCUAAAGUUUAUGAAACAUCUUCUUUUGGUUCGGCGGAUCUUGAUACAAGUUCUUCGUCUUGCUUCAUUGUUACUCAACUAAUCUACUAUAUGCAUAUGACUUUUGAACAGUUAGAAAUGAUUCAAAAAGAUUUACACCCUUUAACUCAUCAACCCCUUGUUCCUGAAAGUGUUCUCAAGCAGGCAUUAUGGUGUCAAAUUCAAUUACGAUCAAAGAUAGAAGCAGCCUCGGAAAAGGAUACUUUUUUAAACUUUAAUAUACAAGCCUCAUCUAUGGAUGAAAACAGUUCUGUUGAUAAAAUUUAUUACCCAAUUCCUACUAACGAUACAACAACGCACACCGGUGAAUCCGCUAUUUCUUUUGCCACCUUUUCUUCUUCUACUAUAUCUAUGAUCAAUAGAAUAGAAACACUUCAGGAACAAGAAAGGCAUUUUUCUGACACGAUUAAAGUUGAACAAUAUUCAAUUUAUCCACCUUUUCGUUUUAGUGUAGAAUUUUGUGAUAUUCGUUCUGUAAAGUAUGGUGUUCGAGUUUACUCAGAUACAGUCUUUUAUGCAGGAUCUAACUGGAAUAUAUACAUACAAAAAAUCCGUUCCCAAAAAAAGGGGGUAUUACAAUUAGGUGUUUAUCUUCAUCGUCAUUCUAUAUUUCAUAAUAAUGAUCAAUAUCAGAAAUGUUCUUUUCAUACAGAGAAUAGUAAUGUCUCUGAAGAAGAAGACAAUAAUCAUCUUCCUUAUAAUUCCAAUGCUACCAUUACUUUAUCAUCUUCUUCUUCCCAUAAUAAUAGUCAUAAUACAAAGCUAUUAAACCAUAAUAGGUCUUCUACAUUCAAGUCAUUUUCACGUUAUAGUGACAAAAGAAGAACAACGAAAACAUGGUUUAAAAUUUAUUGCCCAUCUAGAGGACCUAAGCAUGUAUUAACUUUAUUUCAAAGUAGUCCUGAUAACUUUCAAAUUUUGCAAAGCUGGGUAAAAAAAUAUAUAUCUAUAUAUAUGAAUAUAGAAAAAGCACAUUUAUACAGUAUAACAACUAAAAUAAAGUUAGAAUAUGUAGGGAUGGAGAAGUACAACAUUAUGCGCUGAUGAAGAUAUAGACGAUUCUACCCAGCAAAUAGGAUCGAUCAUUAUUAAUACUGACAAGGAUAAUAGCGAUUUGGCAUCUUUUUCCAUAACCAAUGAUAAUUUUUAUUCUACUUCUUUACCGCAUAAAAAUAUACAAAGUGACAUAAAAUCCUCUAGUCAUGAAUCUAUUUUAAAUUGUGAUGCUGCCUCAACAUUACGGUUUACAGUUGCUAUGGGUCAUAUCUAAUAUAUCUUUUUCUCCUCUUCUUUUAUUUAAAAAAAAAAUUGAAUAUAAUAAAUAUAUUUUAUCUUUAUGAAGUCUAAACACAAAUAUAUUUUGCUGUAGAAACUUUAUAGUCUCUUGAUGAUAAUAUUGAAAAUAGAAUGCAAUUAUACGCAAGAUAUUCUUGUUAUAAUUACAUUAAACUCAUCGAAUAUAUUUAAAUCAAUAAUUACUUCUAUAACUAUUUAGUCAAC